GCUGGGAGGGAGCGGGAGGGAGGCAAGAAAGUAGCAGAAAGUGAGGCUGGCAGGCGGCGGCACAGGAGCCUGCAAGCGGCGGCGGCAGGAAGUCUGCGCUGAGCCGAGCAGCAGUACGAGCCGGGAGGCAGCGCGGCGGCGAGAGUGAAAGAGGAAACUGCAGAAGAGGAAGCGCCGCCGCAGCCCGAGCCCCGGCUCCCGCGCACGGCAUCCCCGCGCCGCCCCCUCCCCAGCGCGCCCCCGGCCAGCCCUCCGCGCCGCGCUUUCGUCUGCCAUGGCCCGGGAGAACGGGGAGAGCAGCUCCUCCUGGAAAAAGCAAGCCGAAGACAUCAAGAAGAUCUUCGAGUUCAAGGAGACCCUGGGAACUGGCGCCUUUUCUGAAGUGGUUCUGGCUGAAGAGAAGGCAACUGGAAAACUCUUUGCAGUGAAGUGCAUCCCCAAGAAGGCGCUGAAGGGCAAGGAAAGCAGCAUAGAGAAUGAGAUCGCUGUGCUGAGGAAGAUUAAGCAUGAAAACAUCGUUGCCCUGGAAGACAUUUACGAAAGCCCAAAUCACUUGUACUUGGUCAUGCAACUUGUGUCUGGUGGAGAGCUGUUUGAUCGGAUAGUGGAGAAGGGGUUUUACACCGAGAAGGAUGCCAGCACGCUGAUCCGCCAGGUCUUGGAUGCAGUUUACUAUCUCCACAGAAUGGGCAUCGUCCACAGAGAUCUCAAGCCUGAAAAUCUGUUAUAUUACAGUCAAGAUGAGGAAUCCAAAAUAAUGAUCAGUGACUUUGGAUUAUCCAAAAUGGAGGGCAAAGGAGAUGUGAUGUCCACAGCCUGUGGAACCCCAGGCUAUGUUGCUCCUGAAGUUCUUGCCCAGAAGCCCUACAGCAAAGCCGUUGACUGCUGGUCCAUUGGGGUGAUUGCCUAUAUCUUGCUAUGCGGCUACCCUCCCUUCUACGACGAAAAUGACUCCAAGCUCUUCGAACAGAUCCUCAAGGCUGAAUAUGAGUUCGACUCCCCUUACUGGGAUGACAUCUCAGACUCUGCAAAAGACUUCAUUCGGAAUCUGAUGGAGAAAGAUCCAAAUAAAAGAUACACUUGUGAGCAAGCAGCUCGGCACCCAUGGAUCGCUGGUGAUACGGCUCUCAACAAGAAUAUCCACGAGUCCGUCAGUGCCCAGAUCCGGAAGAACUUUGCAAAAAGCAAGUGGAGACAAGCAUUUAACGCCACAGCUGUCGUGAGACACAUGAGAAGACUCCAUCUUGGCAGCAGCCUGGACAGUUCAAAUGCAAGUGUUUCGGGCAGCCUCAGUCUGGCCAGCCAAAAAGAUUGUGCGCCUGGUACCUUCCACGCUCUGUAGUUUCAUUUCUUCUUCGUCGGGGGUCUCAGGAGUCGGAGCUGAGCGAAGACCCAGGCCCACCACUGUGACAACAGUGCACACUGGAAGCAAGUGACUGUCCCCGCCCCCCACCUGCCAGAGAGGGGGCGGGGCCAGGGGCAGGGAGCCACUCCAGCCAGACCCCAGCCUGCAUGGUGCGCCUUCCUGCCUAGGACUGGAAGACAGAAGUUUUUUAUGGCCAUAUUUUAUACUGCGACUCUGAAGCGUUCAUUUCUCACAAACUCUACUGACUCAAGGGGAGCUGUUCUCAUAGGACCUGGUGCUGUACAUAGGAAUCCUGCAAAGCUCUAACCGACAGACCUGCUUCUGUUCUUCCCAGCCGCCCUCUAACCCAUUUGGCUCUGUGUAGGCGACUGUCUGUGGUACAUCCCCUUCCACCCCCGCCAUCAGUGACACGCACACACACACACAAAGAUUUCAACUGGAUUAUUUAAAUAUUGGUAAAUAUUGUGCAUUAGGGUUCGAUUUUGUUUUUCCUUUUAAGAAGUUUGUCCUUGCCAACCCUAGCUCUCAAUGACCUGACUUCUCUCUGGCUUUGGCACUCUUUAAGGGUAGUUUUUUGUAUGACCCG